UAUUAAACCAAGUCAUGAAUCCGAACUCUCAAUUUCAUCAAUAUUUACAGCAAACAUCCUUAGCAGGCGGUGCUAAUCCCUUAACAAAUUCGCUUCAGCCAGGUCCUAACAAUAAUAUGAACGCGUUAUCUCAACAUUUUCCUACUAUUAAUCGUUCUACUGGGGGCAAUAAUGCUGAUCCUUUUGUUUAUGCUCAAAUGAUGAAUAAUAGUGUUGGUUCACAAGCUAUUCCAAUGUCUGCUAAUUUUAUCAUGCAACAACAACAACAACAACAACAACAACAACAACAACAACAACAGCAACAGCAGCAACAACAACAACAACAACAACAACAGCAGCAGCAGGAGCAUCAAGCGGCUCAAAAAUUACAGCAAUUAGAUGAAGAAAAGAUUUAUGGACUUGUUUUAGACUUACUUAAUCCUUCCUCCAGAGAACAAGCUUUAUUAGACUUGAGUAAAAAGAGAGAACAAUAUGAUGAUUUGGCUUUAAUUUUAUGGUAUUCUUAUGGUGUUAUUCCUGUGUUACUUCAAGAAAUUAUAACAGUAUAUCCUUUGUUAACUCCACCUACUUUAAGUGGUGGUGCUUCUAAUAGAGUAUGUAAUGCUCUUGCUCUUCUUCAAUGCGUCGCUAAUCAUAAUGAAACGAGAAGUUUAUUUCUUCAAGCUCAUAUCCCUCUUUAUCUUUACCCCUUUUUAAAUACAACAAGUAAGACACGACCUUUUGAGUAUUUAAGAUUGACAAGUUUAGGUGUUAUAGGCGCGUUAGUAAAGAACGAUAAUCCCGAAGUGAUUAGCUUUCUUUUAUCAACUGAAAUUAUUCCAUUGUGUCUCCGUAUAAUGGAAACUGGUAGUGAGCUUUCAAAAACAGUUGCUAUUUUUGUGGUUCAAAAGAUUCUUUUAGAUGAUACCGGCCUAUAUUAUAUCUGUCAAACAUAUGAACGAUUUUAUGCUGUAGCUACUGUAUUACAUAAUAUGAUUACUCAACUUGUUGAAAAUCAAGCUAUGCGUUUACUUAAACAUGUUAUUCGUUGUUAUUUAAGAUUAUCUGAAAAUCCAAGGUAAAGUAAAAAAUAGAGAGAGAGAAAGAGAGAAAGAAGCUUGAAUGAGAUAUUAAUAUACACAUAUUCAUAUACUUUUUUUUUCUUUAGAGCACGUGAAGCUUUACGUCAAUGUCUUCCAGAACCUCUUCGAGAUUCUACAUUCCAUCAAGCUUUAAAAGAUGAUAUUGCAACUAAGCGUUGUCUUGGACAGUUACUACUUAACCUUUCCGAUGGUAUUAACUAGACAAGGAAAAAAAAA